AUGUGUGAAGCCCUGCCAGAAAAGGAUUUCUAUUGGUUAAACGAGCAGGAAGUUGACCAAUUAAACUUUCAAGACAUUACCGAUGACGCAGAUACUGGAUAUAUAGUUCAAUGUGACUUAGACUAUCCAGAGGCGUUACAUGAUGAACACAAUGCCUACCCAAUGGCACCAGAGACAUUGACAGUGACAGAAGACAUGUUGUCUGAACAUACAAAAGAUUUGAAGAAAUCUCUAGGAUUGAAAGGGAGACCUGGUUCUAAACUCAUUCCUAAUCUUAGACCAAAACACCAAUACGUCACACAUAAUCGUAAUUUAAAGUAUUAUCUAUCACAUGCGUUAAAACUCAGUAAAAUCCACAGAGUUCUUAGGUUCACGCAGUCACGGUGGUUGAAGUCUUACAUCGACUUUAAUACAGACAAAAGAAAGUCUGCUCGUAACAGUUUCGAGAAAGACUUUUUUAAGCUGAUGAAUAACUCUGUGUUUGGCAAGACGAUGGAAAAUAUGAGAAAGCGAGUCAGCGUAGAGUUAGUAAAUACCCCUAAACGACUUCGCAAAGUGUGUGCCAAACCGAAUUUCCAAUCCUUCAAAAUUUUUAACAGAGAUCUGGUGGCUGUUAACAUGAAAAAGGUCAAUGUGGUCCUUAACCGCCCCAUAUAUGCCGGUUUCUGUAUUCUAGAGGUGGCAAAGAUAUGUAUGUAUCAGUUCCAUUAUGAUUUCAUGAAAAAGAAAUAUGGGUCAAAGGCACGAGUAGCCUAUACCGACACUGAUUCGUUUAUAUACACAAUAGAAACAGACAACUGGUACCAAGACAUGAUUGAAAAUCUUGACCUGUUUGAUACCAGUAACUUUCCAAAGGAUAACGCCCUCUAUAGCACCGACAACUGCAAGGUCUUGGGGAAGAUGAAAGAUGAAUGUGGGGGGCAAGUCAUAGAAGAAUUUGUCGGUCUCAAACCCAAAAUGUAUAGUGUGAAAUGUGGAGAAAUAGAGAAAAAAACAGCUAAAGGAGUAAAGAAAUGUGUCAUUGACAAGCAGUUAAAACACGAGGCAUAUCAACUCUGUCUUCAACAGAAGUGGGCGAUGCGUCACAAAAUGAAUUUAAUUAGAAGUUUUGAUCAUCAGCUGUACAGCAUUACCGUAAACAAAACAAGCCUGUCUCCGUAUGAUGACAAAAGAUAUUUUACCGGCAUAGAAAGCUUCGCUCACGGUCAUUAUACAAUUUCAACAAUGUGA